AUGGGAAACACUUUUGGCCUUGAGAGGCUUCAUUCAGAUGCUUUUGCCCCUCAGGCUGGGACAAAUCUUGGCAUAAUAGUUACCGGUGAGUUGUCGAGGCUGUCGUCGGAGGGUAUUGAUGGAUGGGGAGUUGAGCAAAGAAUUGGAGGAAGUGACAACAAAUUUGGAUACAGUGUUCAGAAAAAAAUAUGGAACAAAGUGAACAGAGAUUUCACUAGUUUUUUUAUUAAAGUUGGUUGGAUGAAGAAACUAGAAAGCAGUGAAGUAGACCAGUAUAAUUACAGGGCAUUUCCAAAUGAAUUUAUUUGGGAAUUAAAUGAGGAAACCCCAGAAGGACAUUUGCCACUAACAAAUGCACUAAGAGGAACUCAACUAUUGAGUAGCAUUUUUACUCAUCCUGCUUUUGUUGAAGAAGGAGAAGAAGAGAAAGAAGAGGAAAAACAAGGAAGUAUUUCUGGGGAAGAUAAAGGAAGUGUAAAGAAAGGAGGAUUAUUGGGUGGUUUGAGGAGUAAAUUAUUUGGUAAACCAGAUUACAGCUUUUGA